GAUGGGCGCUGCGGAGCAGACAACGGCGACGAGCAGCCGCGCCCGGACCCGCCGGCCUGCACCCCGGGCCCGCACCCCGCACCCCGCACCCCGGGCCCGCACCCCGCUCCUGAGACCCACACCUCGAAACCCGGCUGCACCCCGAGACCCGCGCCAGCCGCCCAGCCGCAGAGAGCAAGGAGGACAUGGCCACCAAGGAGAAGCUGCAGUGCCUCAAGGACUUCCACAAGGACAUCCUGAAGCCGUCCCCCGGGAAGAGCCCGGGCACACGGCCUGAGGAUGAGGCGGAGGGGAAGCCCCCGCAGAGGGAGAAGUGGUCCAACAAGAUCGACUUUGUGCUGUCGGUGGCCGGCGGCUUCGUGGGACUGGGCAAUGUCUGGCGCUUCCCAUAUCUCUGCUACAAGAACGGCGGAGGUGCGUUUCUCAUCCCGUAUUUCAUUUUCCUGUUCGGGGGCGGCCUUCCAGUGUUUUUCCUAGAGGUCAUCAUCGGCCAGUACACCUCGGAGGGAGGCAUCACCUGCUGGGAGAAGAUCUGCCCCCUGUUUGCGGGCAUUGGCUACGCUUCCAUUGUCAUCGUGUCCCUCCUGAACGUGUAUUACAUCGUCAUCCUGGCCUGGGCCACCUACUACCUGUUCCAGUCCUUCCGCUCCGAGCUGCCCUGGGCCCACUGCAACCACAGCUGGAACACGGCGCAGUGCAUUGAGGAUGUCACCCGGCAAAACCAGAGCCUGACCUCCCUCAGUGCCAGCAACGCCACCUCCCCCGUCACUGAGUUCUGGGAGCGCAAUGUGCUGAGCCUGUCCUCUGGCAUCGAUGACCCCGGGGCCCUCAAGUGGGACCUGGCCCUCUGCCUGCUCUUCGUGUGGCUGGUCUGCUUCUUCUGCAUCUGGAAGGGGGUCAAGUCCACGGGGAAGGUGGUGUACUUCACGGCCACCUUCCCAUUCGCGAUGCUGCUGGUGCUGCUGGUCCGGGGACUGACGCUGCCCGGCGCGGGCGCCGGCAUCAAGUUCUACCUGUACCCCGACAUCUCGCGGCUGGAAGACCCACAGGUGUGGAUCGAUGCAGGAACCCAGAUCUUCUUCUCCUACGCUAUCUGCCUGGGUGCCAUGACCUCACUGGGUAGCUACAACAAGUACAAGUACAACUCCUACAGGGACUGUCUGCUGCUGGGCUGUCUCAACAGCGGGACCAGCUUUGUGUCGGGCUUUGCCAUCUUCUCCAUCCUGGGCUUCAUGGCGCAGGAGCAAGGAGUAGACAUUGCAGAUGUGGCCGAGUCAGGCCCUGGCCUGGCCUUCAUUGCCUACCCCAAGGCCGUCACCAUGAUGCCCCUGCCCACCUUCUGGUCCAUCCUGUUCUUCAUCAUGCUCCUUCUACUUGGACUGGACAGCCAGUUCGUGGAGGUCGAAGGUCAGAUCACAUCCCUGGUCGACCUUUACCCAUCCUUCCUAAGGAAGGGUUUCCGGCGGGAGACGUUCAUUGCCGUGCUGUGCUCCCUCAGCUACCUACUGGGGCUGUCCAUGGUGACUGAGGGUGGCAUGUACGUGUUCCAGCUGUUUGACUACUAUGCCGCCAGUGGUGUGUGCCUGCUCUGGGUCGCCUUCUUUGAAUGUUUCGUGGUCGCCUGGAUAUAUGGCAGUGACAACUUCUACGAUGGGAUUGAGGACAUGAUUGGCUACCGGCCGGGGCCCUGGAUGAAGUACAGCUGGGCUGUGGUCACUCCGGUCCUCUGUGUGGGCUGCUUUGUGUUCUCUCUGGUCAAGUACGUGCCCCUGACCUACAACAAGGAGUACGUGUACCCCACCUGGGCCAUCGGGCUGGGCUGGAGCCUGGCUCUGUCCUCCAUGCUGUGUGUCCCCCUUGUCAUGGUCAUCCGGCUCUGCCAGACCGAGGGCCCCUUCCUUGUGAGAGUCAAGUACCUGCUGACUCCGAGGGAGCCCAACCUGUGGGCGGUGGAGCGUGAGGGGGCCACCCCCUGCAGCUCACGGCUGCCUGUCAACGGGGCGCCCCUGAAGCCCACCCACAUCGUGGUGGAGACCAUGCUGUGAGCCCCCCGUAGCUCCUCCUAGGACCAGGUUUACAGAGCUUUCUAUUUGCACUAGGAAUUUUUUUUUUAAUUGUCACAGAAAAUGUUACCGUUGUGUGUCGGGUGGGGGGGGGGGGUCGUGAGUGUGUCUCCUGUUUGGAUGCAGGGCUGUGGGUGGGGGGAUUUCAGAGCGGCCCCCGGGGUCUGGGCCUGGGUGCCUCCUGGGGCUGCGCCCCCUUCCCCUCCCCCUCUCCCUUUUUUACAAGCGACGAGGACGGUAGAGAUUGUCACCCUCCUGCCACUUGAAUUGGUCUCCUUGCCAGCAAUAGAGCUCUCGCUCAGAGCCGUUCUUUGGUGCUUGAGUCGCUGGCGGGCCAUCUGCCCAGCCUCACCCACCCCAACCGCACCCCAAAAGCAGGCUGGGCCUGGGGCAUGCAGUAGGAGGCAGCCCAGGGAGAGGGAGAGGGAGAGGGAGAAGGCCGGGAGAGGCCCCCUCAGGCCAGUGCAGCCCAGAGCGAGGACCCUAAGCCCCUCUCAGUACAGGCUGGGAGGCAUCAGCACCCCCAGAACCUCUGGGCCCCCUCAUCCCUCUUGUUCUGGGCCCAGGGUGGUUGGGGAGCCAUGGCCAGCCCAGCAGGCUGACUCAUCCAUCUCUGCCACCAGAAGCAGGUCCUGCAGGCAUCCUCACCAGGCUGCCCAGAGGACAGACAUGUGUGGGAUGAGGGGGCCGGAGAACCCAAGGACCCAAACCCCGUCGUUGAGGGUGCCAGGGAGGGUCUUUCCUCAUCACGCCUCCUGCUUUCCUCACCUCCAGGAAACUCCUGGUGAGCUCUCACCAACCCUGGCCACCCCCCAGCAGGUCUCCCCCAGUCCUGGCUGCUGGACACAGUGCUUCUCAGACAGUGGCUGGGGGCAGAGGUGGGGGGGGGAGAGUCAGCAGGCGGGGGGGAGGGAGAGUCUUCUAGGAAGUUGGAGUUGUGGGGGGCGGGCACCCCAGAAGUGGCUGGACCAAGAGUCUUGUGUAGAAAGGUGUCUGAACCAGGAGCUUGUAAUGAGGUGCCCCUGUCUUUGCCCAGGACAGGUGCCCCCCUCCCCCACUGGGACCUAAACUGUGCCAUUGAAACUGUCACUUAGUCACUUCCACGUUCAGAGCCGGAACUGGCACGGACCUGGGAGAGGAGUAUCUGCUUCCCACCCAUGGGUGCCAGCCUGCACCCCCUGCCAUUUCUGUCUGGCAGGGAUGGGGGAGACUUUUUGGAUCCUGGAAACCCCUCCCCCAGUUCGGGACUAGAUGACCCUUUGGUGUGUCCCCACCCACCCACCCAGGGGUCAGAUGCAAUUCUGAACUCUGGUCCCAUUGUGCCCAAAGUGUGGACUCUGCCCCUCACUGCCCCCUGCCCCCCAUCUGUCUGUGCCACCUGCUGUGUGGAUGGGCCUCCUGCUGCCCUGCCCUGUACUUCCCUCCACCAAUCUACCCACUGGCCUGUCCCUCCUGGAACUUUAGAACUAACCACUGUCACCGAUUGGGGACACCAGGCCACCCCCAGCCCCUGUGCUCACAUCAGGCUCCUGAUGGCCAGAAGGCAGACUGGUACAUUCUGGAAGGCCCUGGAAAUGCUCCUUGGAGAUUCCAGACCAAAGAUGGGGCACCGUGUCCCUGGCCUGGGGCUGGGCCCAGCCACCAUCCCUCAGCUCCUGAGCUCCAAGUGGUCUCCACAGAGGGUGCUGGUCCACGCCACUGUGUCAAGUGUGGAGACUGAGGCCUGGAUGCAGUCAGGUCCGGCCGGUCUGGUGGGUCCCCAAGAAGGAAGCAUGUCUGUCUGCCCAGGGCUUAUGUGGAGACCAAAACCGAGCCUUUCUGGAAACAGGGUGCUCUGCAUCGGGGCUCCUGGGUGAAGCCAGCAGCACCCCUCUGACCAUUCCUGAGGGGCCUUCAGGUGCUGGCUGGAGAGAUACCCACCCUCCCCUGGCCCUGCCUGGCACCUCCAACAACCCCCCCCCCCGUCCCAGUCACACCUUGUCACUUGAGGUGACACUUAGGUCCAGCCAAGGAAGUGAGGCCCCAAGGCCACUUGGGAUGCACACAGCUGAACCCUCUGUUUGAGGCCACAGACCCUCUGGGUGGCCCCUGGGUGGCCUGGCUUCUCCCUGGAACUUGGUGUCCACCACCCCACCCCACCCCCUGCAGUGAGAAAGCACAAGGAUAGAGGUCCCUAGAGGUGACACAGGGUGCCACCCCGUCCCCCGCGCAGACAAGCUCAGCAGGCAGUGCAACUGUCACUGUGCAGAAGCCACCAAACACAAAGCCGGGUAUCCCUCUUACCCCUCCUCCCCAGCCACGGGCCUGGAACCAGCUGGAGUGGCCUGGCCAGCACUGCCUGUCUGGUCACUGCUCCCGAGGGAUGUACAUCAUGACACGCAGGUGGAGCCGGGUGUGGUUGGGUGUGUAGACCCCCGACACACACCCCCAGCUACUGUGACUCUGGACUGAGCACAAAGGGGCCUAGGCUGGGCCUCUCCUUCCAGAUCCAUCUGGCCCACCAGGACUCCGUUUCUUAACAGCUAUUUUUAAGACGUUUAAAACUUUUGUAAAACAGGAAAACACCCAGCCAACAGGAGGCCCCCAAGGGGGCUCCAUCCGCUAUCUGUCUCGGGGGUCUGUCCUGAGCUGCGGGUGUCGGGGUCCCACAAUACAGGCUCUGCAGUUGGGCGGGCCUGCUCCCUCUUUUUGCUUUUUAGAUAAAUAUGUAUAUCGAUAUUUUAAAUCCAUCUUUGCUCUUUUUUUAGAGAAGUUUGUAAUCACCUAAUAACAUGAAAAUAAACAUUUCCUUUGUAAAACCCGA